AUGUUCUCCAAAACCACCCUUCUCGUGGCGUUCGCCGCCAGCGCCUCCGCCCACAUGAGGAUGGCUCACCCAAAGCCUUAUGGCUUCGACACCCUCAACAGCUCCCCCCUGGAGCCCGCCGACUUCCCUUGCAAGCAACGUCCUGGUGUGUACGACAUCACUGAGAUGAACCAGUGGAACGCCGGUGAGACUCAGGAGGUCUCUUUCCUGGGCUCUGCUGUCCAUGGCGGCGGUUCGUGCCAGUUCUCCAUCACUACUGACCAACAGCCAUCUGAAUCAUCUCAAUGGAAGGUCAUUGAGAGCGUUGUUGGUGGAUGUCCCUCGAAUGUUACUGGCAAUCUGCCCCAAAACCCAGACGGCACUUCGGCCGCUACUUUCCCUGUCAAGAUGCCAGAAGACAUUCCCGAUGGUCAGUACACCUUUGCCUGGACCUGGAUCAACAAGGUCGGCAACCGCGAGUUUUACAUGAACUGCGCACCCAUUCAGGUCGGAAAUGGCGCUAGCAAGGCUUCCACUGCCAGUGCUUCUCAGGCCCUCGCAUCUCUCCCAGACAUGUUCGUCGCCAACCUACCCGCAACCGAGUGCAGCACUGCCGAGAAUGAAGACUUUGUCUACCCCGAGCCAGGCAAGAACCUCGUCGAGGGCAAUGGCGCUGCACUGGGCGACACCCUGACCGGUUCUGGAUGUGCUAAGAUGACCAAGAUGGGUGCCGGUAACGGCAAGAUUGGAACACCUACUCAGCCUGAGGCGUCUCAGUCCGCAGGAGAAGAGACCCCUGCUGCCAGUUCUCCAUUGGCUUCCCUUCCUGCCAACAACGGUGGUAUCUUUGCUCCUGGUGCUUCUCCAGCUCCUACGCCCAGCCCUACUCCCAUUGUCUCCAAGCCUAUCACCGCUCCCCAACAACCUGCCGAUAGCACUCCUCAGCCCCCCGCCCAGAGCGCUCCUCAGCAACCCACCGAAAGCGCUCCUCAGCCGCCUGCCCUCAGCCCUGCCCCGGAGACUCCCGAGAACGGCACAAACACACCUUCCUCUGGCAAUGGCGACUGCACCCCAUGCGACAACGAUGGUGCAGUCGUCUGCAUCGGUUCCAGCCAGUUCGGUCUCUGCAACCACGGAUGUGUGGUUGCUCAGCCCCUGGCCAACGGCAUGUCUUGCACUGGCGGUGCCGUUGUUGCCUCGGCCAAGAAGCGAUCUCUCCACUUCCCUCGCGCUCACCUCCACCGCCGUCACGGAGCCUCUCACCUCAUCUAA